AUGCCGCUGGUCAGGUUCGAGGUGCGGAAUGAGGUGGGGCUGGGAGACCCCGGCCUCUACGGCGGCGGAGCCGCUGCUGCCGGGGCCGCCUCCGCCUCCUCCGCCGUCUCAGCCGCGGGGGAGGAGGAGCCCAAGGCGCUGCUCGAGGGCGUCGCCGUCGCGGGUCUCGUCGGGAUCCUGCGCCAGCUCGGAGAUCUCGCGGAAUUUGCGGCUGAUGUUUUCCAUGAUCUACACGAGCAAGUUAUAGCUACAUCUGCCAGGGGUCGUAAGGUGCUGACUCGAGUACAGAACAUUGAAGCAGCACUUCCAUCUCUUGAAAAAGCUGUGAAGAAUCAGAAGAGUCACAUACAUUUUGCCUAUGUUCCGGGCUCUGAUUGGCACACUCAGCUUCAAAAUGAGCAAAAUCACCUGCUAGAGAGUGAUCUGCCUCGUUUUAUGAUGGAUUCCUAUGAAGAAUGCCGAGAUCCACCACGGCUUUACCUUCUUGAUAAAUUUGAUACUGCUGGCGCGGGGGCUUGUGUAAAGAGAUAUUCUGAUCCAUCCUAUUUCAAGAAAGCAUGGGAUAUGACGAGAGCAGACAAAACUGCUAAUCUACAAAGAGAAAAGAGAUCGCAGAAAAUUAAGAGAAAAGGGUCACGACUAAGGGAGCCAUAUCAUGGGCAAGCCACAUCUAGGCAUAGGGGCACUGAAUUUCAGCGAUCACUUACUGCUGGCCAACUUGUUAACAGGCAGUUUGCAUCUCCCAGCAACGAUGGUCAGAACAUCUCAGAGCAUAGGUCUACACCCGACGCAAGAUCUAAUCCUGACAAUAUGAGCAGAUCUUCUUCUCUUAGUUCGAAGACACAACUGAGUUCAGUAGAACAAGCUUUCGAUGCAAAACCUUCUGCAGUUCCUCAUGAGAAUGGCCAUGGCAAGUCAUUGGAUACUAAAUUGCACAAACCUGGUGGUCUGCCUUCGCGCAUACUACUUAACGGCACCAGCGUGGAUGAUCAUAGUGACUAUUUGAAGCAAGGUUCCCCGCCAGGUGAUAUGGUUGCUAGAUCACCUUAUGUUAAAUGGGAUGAAAAGGCUGCAAUUAUCAUGUCUACAAGUUCUGUCUACUGUGACGAUGUUGUUGUGGAUAAGGCUGAAGAUGCAGAACCUACAUGUAUUAGCUCUGUGUUGAAAGAAACUGGCCACAAGGUAAUGGAUGCCUUGGAGCAGCAAGAUGCCUUACUUAAAAAGACAAAAUCACUGUUAGUGCCAUCAGUCUUGAACCACCAUGGUGACAUUCCAGGAGAAGCCGACAACUACAUGGAUGCACUUAAUACACUUGAAUCUGAGACAGAAACUGAAUCUGAAUUUCAAACUAAGAAUCAAGGGGUGCCAGCACCUUCCUUCAACGCUGAAGCACCUCAAGUGGGGGCAAUUGAUAAUAUUGUUCCACAGUGUCCCGAUUCCUAUGUUGCUGAGUUUACUGACACAUGCCAAGAAUCUGAUAUUCUUUGUACUUCAGAAAGAGCAAUUGAUUUUCCCAGUUUGUCAAAUGCACAUUCUCUUGAGGUCUCACAACUAGAAGUUUCAGACUAUACAUCUGUAAGUCCCUAUAAAGAGUCAUCUGUCGUCACUAAUAUCCAUGAGAGUGGUGCAGAGGGUGCUCGCGGAGAUCCUUGUGAGAUUAUAGAGCCUCUGCAGGUCCAUUCAGCCAUACUUCCCAAUGCUGGAUCCCCUGUUUGCAAUGAAAUACCCAAGAGUAAGCCAGACGAUGAUCUUGGGUACUUUCCCGAGAUUCCUCAACCAGGUUUCUCCACCUAUAAUUUUGUAUCCGGACCUAACAUUGCCAACAUGGUAGUUGAUGAGGUGGGUUUCAAGAUGGCACCUGGUGAUCACUCUGAUGACUCAUGUGUUAUUCCUGAAAGCAGGCCUCAGGAUUAUGCUGGAAAGAGCCAUGAGGGAGUUGGUGAUUGUGGUGUGAUUGGAGUGUCUGAAUUAUGUAGUGAGCCUCUUAACAAACCAUCAGAUAAUAUAUGUGCAACUCAAGAUGUUCCUACAAAUACCUCUACUAUGUCUGCUGGUGCCAGUGAAGUGUCUAGUUCAUGGAGUGAGCCUCUUAAUGAACUAAUGGAGAACAGAUGUGCAACUCAAGGUGUUCCUGCAAAUGCCUCUACCACGUCUACUGUUGUACCAUCUGUUAAACUCUGGACAAAUGCUGGGCUCUUUGGACUUGAACCAUCUAAACCUCCAGUAUUUGGUGCCCAAGAUGGUCCAAGGGAGGAUACUCCACCUGGUUUUAAAGAAGCUCAACCGGUCCAUUCCACUGAAUUCACAGAAUUGCACUGUUCAAAGCCAACUGAAUCAGCAGUUGUAGAUGUUCCAAAUGGAAACACGUCAAUUACCAGCAGCUUUGUGGAAAAUCUUGUUGGUAUCCGUCCUGGUUCUGCAAACCUCAAUAACUCAGGGGCCAAUCAAUCAGCAGCCAGAAUACCCGAUCCAAUUCAUAGUCAUACAGAUGGGCACUCAGAUUUUUCCUCAUCCUUUGAGCACAAUAACAUGACUGGCAAGCAUACUUCAAUAAGUGAGCUUCUAGAAUCUGAAGGAAGUGCUGAAACUGGCACCCGGAAUAUACUCAACUGA